AUGAGCUUAUCUGCCAUUGGGAUUGUUAGUGCCAUCAAUGACUGCGUCACUUUGUUUCAGUGGGCCAAAUCUGCCAUUUCAUCUCUUCACUCCAGAUGGAGUGGCUCAGAGGAACAAAGUCUCCAGGAUCGUGUAUUACAGUUGGAGAAUGGCCUACAACUUCUCAGGGAUACUCUUCCUGCAAUGCAUGACCUCAUUAAUAAAGCGGAGUGGAGGAGCCAUGAACACGGUGUGGCCAAGCUCCAUCCAAGUCUCAAGGAUGCAGUGUAUGAGGCCGAGGACCUUCUUGAUGAGUUCACAUGGUACGAGAAGAAGGUGCAAGUAGAGGGCGGUACAAGCCAAUCUCCUUUCACUGAAUUCUUUGAUACAGUUCUCCCAGGCAGCUUCAGCAAACUUAAUGCUAUCCGGUUGAGGUUAAAUCAUCUUUCGAGUCAGCUGGACAGUAUUGGGCUGUGUGGGGUCACACAACGCUUUGACAAAUUAGUCAGGCCAGAGACCACCUCUUUUCCAAAUGAAACAAAAAUAUUUGGUCGUGACAAGGAGCUGGAGCAGGUAUUUCAGUUUCUCAAUGUACCUAAAAAUUCAAAACGCAAGAGAGCAAUUAUUUCAAUCAAUGCAUCAGCAAGCACAUCAACAAGCAAUCAUGUUAGUAAUAAAUCAAGAAUAUCUUGUCUUCCUGUUCUACCAAUAGUUGGAAUUGGUGGUGUUGGAAAGACUACUUUGGCCCAACAUAUAUGUUGCCAUGAACGAGUGAGGUCUCAUUUUGAGCUGAUAAUUUGUAUUUGUGUCUCUGAUGACUUUGAUGUGAAGAGGCUAACUAAAGAGGUCAUACAAUCCUGUAGUGGAAAGGAGGCAACGAAUAAUAAUUUGGAUUCUCUUCAGCGUGCUCUUUCUAACCAUGUGGAUAAUAAAAGGUUAUUGAUAGUUCUUGAUGACAUGUGGGGUGAUGCUUUGAAAGAAAAUGGGCAGUGUUGGCAGAGGUUUUGUGCACCUUUUAGAAGUGUCCAAGAGGGUAGUGUGAUGUUGGUCACCACUAGAUGUCCAAAGGUUACUGAGGGUGUGCGCACAAUGGGGCCCAUUAUAGUUGAAGGUCUAAAAGACAACGUCUUUUGGAAUUUCUUCAAAUUGUGUGCAUUUGGAUCUCAGGUUUCAGAAAAUGAUCCUGAGUUAGAGUGCAUUGGUAGAAGUAUACUUCCUAAAUUGAAAGGUUCUCCUUUGGCCGCCAAAACUCUGGGCCGUAUGUUAAGCUUGGACCUUCAAGCAUCACACUGGAAUUCUAUACUCGAGAGUGAACUGUGGGAGUUGAAACAAGAGGAGACUGAGAUUUUGCCUGCUCUUCGGCUGAGCUACAUGUAUUUACCAUUCUAUUUGAAGCAAUGCUUUGCUUUAUGUGCUAUGUACCCCAAAGAUCAUAAGUUUCAGAAGGCCUGCUUAGCUGAAAUUUGGGUGGCAGAAGGCUUUGUGGAGCCUCAAGGUCGGGUCCCAUUUCAUGAUAUUGGUUGCUGGUAUUUUGAAGACCUUGUAGCACGGUCCUUCUUUCAAAAAGUUAGUGGUGGAUACAUAAUCCAUGACUUGUUGCAUGACAUGGCGCAAAAAGUUUCAGAGCACGACUGUUUCAUCUUAAGAAAUCAGAGUGACUUUGAUAAAGUUCCCCAGAAUGUUCGCCAUCUUUACAUACUCCCUAGCAGUGACUUUGACAAUUCCAGCAUGUUGAGAGUAUGCAGAGACUGCCCUUUCAAGAGGAUUCCUUCAACUUUUUGUUGGCUAUAUAAUCUGCAGUUUUUAUAUGCCAAGAAAUGCAAGCUAAUAAGCUUGCCUAGUGACUUUGGUAAGUUGAUCAGUUUACAGAAGUUUGAAUCACAUGGAUUACCAUAUUGUGUUGGGGGUCGCUUGUUUCUUGCUACAACCAAUGUUAGUUUAAUAAACAAUCUGAAUCACUUUCGUGGAUACUUGCAUAUAAGCAAUGCUGGCAUGCUAAGUAAGGAUCAAGCAGCAAGGACUAAACUGCAGAAUAAGAAAUAUCUUGAUAAGUUGCACCUGAAGAUGCAUGUAGAGAGGCCUCAAAUCAGCCUGGACAAGGAUAUAGAAGUGCUUGAAGUUCUGCAACCUCCUGUCAGUCUUGAGUCUUUGUGCCUCCAGAAUUAUGCUGGUGCGUCGCUCCCAAGCUGGUUGCAGCCACAAACCUUGCCAAGAUUAAAAUCCCUUACUUUCGAAGGCUGUGUUGGACUCGCCUCCGCCGCACAGAGCAUACUCUUAAAUGAGAUACUCUUAACUGGUAUUUUCAUGUCCCUAACAGACUUAACCAUUCGUCAGUGUGAAAAUAUAUCAUGGCUCAACCAUGUUCUGGAUCCAAAUUAUGUACCAGCCAUCAAGAAAAUCAGAAUUGAAGAUUGCAAUAUUAUUGACAGUUGUUCCCUCACCAAGUUUGAUUUAUCAUGUGAGUUUGUCAGGAUCAUCCAAUUACAAACAUGGAAUCUUCCAUCUCUAUUGGAGUUAGCCAUUAAAUGCAAAUUUCUUUCAUCUAUUGGAGGAAGCAGUAGGGCACUCUCAUCCCUUAAAGUCCUAAAAGUUAGAUACUGUAAUAAACUGUCAACCCUUGAUGACCUCCUAACACAUGAAUAUCUUCCAGCUAUUGAGAAAAUUGACAUUGAAAAUUGUCCCAAUUUACUAUCCCUACCAGUUGAAAGGUUUGUGAGUUUUCCUUGUCUGAAACUUCUGUGGGUCUAUGAGUGCCGAAAUCUCAACUGGCAUAGAGGAUUUGUGUUGCCAUCAUCUCUCCAAAGUCUUAGCUUAAAGUGGUGUGGAGAUAUUUCUCCAUAUGUUCCAAGCUGCCUACAAAACCUCACAUCCCUUGUCUCACUGAACAUCAGUGGAUGCAACGGUAUAACAUACAUUCCACGCGACAUUUGGUGCAGCAAUCUUGCACUUGAGAAUUUGCUUAUUUCGGAUUGUCCAAACCUAGUUUCAAUUGGUGGAGCAAAGGCAGUUGGAAAAAUAAAGAAGGUGUGGAUAUACCAUUGUCCAAAGUUAACCGACGUGGGGCAGAUCAAUAGAACAUCACACCUAAGCCUCAAGGAUGGCAGCCUGGGGAAGGUCGAGGGCCUCGCACGGCACCGAAGUGUGUCCAUGAGGGAGUAUCCGAAGCUCAGGGUCGGCUGCAUCUACUACACCCAGGAUGAUUCGAGGCCUCCGAGGCCGUGGAAGGACAAUGCUGGUGUCCACUACUACAAUGCUGUCGGGGUGUUCAGCCUUAAGGAUGGCAGCCAGGAUAAGGUCGAGGGCCUUGGGCGGCACCGGAGCUCUGGCCGCCGCCGGCAUGGUUCACGCCUUCCACCAUCCUAUGGUGAUGGUUUUAAAUUCUUGGAGGAUAUGGCUUAA